AUGACCAGUCGAAUCGUCACGGGCGCUGUCGCGCGUAAUCCAGAACGGGCCGCUUCGUGUCGUCGCUGCAGGUGGCGGUGGCGCGACCUGGGGCGCUGGGACGAGCAGGAGCGGCAGCAGGACCUCAAGGAGCGGGAGAAGAGCCUCGCUGCCGAGACGCGCCGGCGGGUGUUCGGCGAGAAGGAGGACCUCAGGGGCAACGUCAGGAACGCGCCCAUAGUGUCCAUGAUCCUGAAGACGCGGAGCGUGACCCAGUUCGACGUGCUCAUGGACGAGGUCGAGAGGGUGCAGGAGCAGUACGGGAUCCGGAUCGUGAUUGUGCACGGUGGGUUGGGCCCUGUGAUCAUCAAGGACGUCACGCACGCCGAGGUGGAGAAGGGGUACGGAUUCUGCCCCAUAUAUGCCUUCCAGGUGGGCGUGCAUCCAGACGCUGCCGCCCAGGCAGACUCUCAACAGAUUGACGUGCGCCGUUUCAGUGUGUUCACAGACCUCAUCGCCGACGUUGCCAACCGAUGCGAGCGCAUCGACCGCAAGGAAGCGCUGCAGAACUACUCCGACGCGUUGAAGGACAAGCCCACGCUGUCCGGAAUCUGA